UCUGGAUGUUGUUGCUUCUUCUCCUGCUGUUUUCAUUUCAAUGUUGUGGCCUUGGAAAGUACUUGUCUUUUUACGGUUCAAAUAAAGUGAUCUUCAGUCACAAGAAAAGUCAAGUCUUCAGUUUUGAGGAAUCACACGUUCGCUAGCUGUCUACCUAUGAAACAAGAAAACUCAUAGGGAGGACAGUAUAAUGGGCUUUUGAUUUCAAAAUCUAGUUUUUGUCCUUUAAAGAACACAAAGCAGACUUUGCAUGAUAUACAGUGGUGGAAAAAAGUUCUCAGACACCCUUAAAAUUUUACACAAUCUCAAAUAGUGUCAUGAAAUAUUUGUGAAAAAGUCUAAAGGUGUGGCUGCAUUAGACAGACACAAACAAAUAGAAAUGAUAUUUUUUUUGUUUAUUGUUUACAAGAAAAGCUAACAAAACUAAAUUCUACCAAAAUGACCCCAUAAUUUCUUAUUUUAAUGGAACCAGUCAAUUUUACAUUUUUAAUGUCUUUUUUAUGAUUUGUUUAGUAUCAUGGCUGUGACUGUACUAAAAGAAAAUGCACUUGAAGACCUAAGAGUGAUUCUGAAUGCAAUAUACAUGCAAAUAUAUGGGAUGUCCAAAAACGUUUUGAGUUAUCAGAGAGGCUGUAGAGUGCACUCUGAUCUGUGGUCUGCUGAUUAUGAUUUGGAGUGAAUGACAGUGAGUCAGAAAGACUGUCAGCUGGUGAGUCAGCUGCACAGUGGAGGCUCACAUUGGUCCUUAAAGUAUGCCUCAGAGUUCUUUUUAUUUCUCCUGUCUUGUCCAGGUCACGCUUUAUUACCUAUAUCUUACAAUGUACCAUCUUUGCACAAGUCAUUGUCUCCAUGACUUUACUCCAGAAUUAAUACUUCUAUUUUUAAUACUUAAAUAAAAUUUCCUGACUGUACUUUUCAUACAGAAGUGCAAUCAUAUUCAGAAGUAUUAUCUAUGUUGUGGUAAAGGAUUAAGUACUUGAUCACACUAUAUCUGAAUAAAUAUCACAUCAUCAUUACUUCAAAAGUAAAGCAUUUAAGGCUUACAUAUUCACAUACAAUAAAACAUAGAAAAUAAAUAAAAAAUGAUACGUUUAGAAUAUUAUGUUAUAUUCAAAAUCUUCAUUAGCUAUUAUAACCCUGUGUCACAUAAAUGACAUUGCUGUAAAACUAAAUUACUUUCCCAAUUGUGUAAUUGUUAUCGUCUACAAAUGUAACAGAAAAAGGUUCCCACCUGGCAGAAUCAGUUGCUUUUUGGGUAUUUUAUAAAGUCAUGCAAAAUCUUACCUUUAUACUGCAAAUAUUUUCUGAAUUACAGGUCCUUGAAGAGCACAAGGGUGGCCUGAAAUUUUGAGCUUUUUAAUUUGCGUUACCUUUUCUCAAAUUUUUGAGUCCUGAUGACUUCAUAUGUACAGUAGAUAUACACAUUAAACUUUUAGGGACUGGAAAAUACACUUGUACUUUGUCAUGCUGCAACCAAGUCAAUGUUACAUCCACUGCAGGUGUCGUAAUGUAAAGCCAAAAUCUUGUUUUUGUUUAGGAUAGUUUUUUCUUUAACCAAUUUUGAGCAUUAAUAUUAUGGGAUAUAUCAUAGUUUAACAAUUAUUCAAACAUAUCAGAUCAAUUCAGUUUGAUUUACAGAGCACUAAUUUACAACUCUGAGGACACUUCCUAAAGUAAGGUCAAUAUUAUAAGGAUAUAAUAUUAUAGAGAGAAAUCCAACAAAUCCAAUGUUAGAAAGGUAAACGUCUUUCUUUGUACGUUUGAUUCUUUAGUAUUUUGGAAGACGGCCUCUGUAUUUCCUCUCUCCUUUUGCUGCAGCCAUCAGCGAUGUUGUGUUCAUACUUUCUGCUGGCAGUGCUGACUGGGUGCGUAGACCCAGUCUCAGGGUACAGUAAUGGGAAAGUAAGUGUUGCCUGUGGAGGUAUGAUACCUCAGCACGGUUACGAGCCCAGCCUAGACCCUUCUCCAUACAACCUCUCUGUGGAUACAUCCACAUUCAGUCCUGGGGACCGCAUUAUAGUGUCUUUACAAGUGGCCUCCUCUAACCCCACAUUCUUCAUGGGGUUCCUGAUAGAAGCUCACGAUGCUAGGAAAUUAAACUCCCCAGCAGUGGGAUUCUUCACCCUGACUGACCCUCAUGAGUCUCAACUUCUACAGUGUGGACACAUUCAGGGGUCUGCAGUGAGCCACAGGAGAAGUUCAAGAAAAACUCACAUUCAGGUUAUGUGGCACGCUCCAAAAAACCCUCCACCAAGAGUCCAGUUCCUUGUGACAGUGGUGCAGCAGUAUGAGAUGUACUGGGUGAGGACUGCAGGUCCAGUGGUAUUUCUGAGAGGAGUGACGGCUGCUCCAUCCACCGCUGUUCCUCCUCAAACCACCACCCCCACUGCUUUGUCUACACCGUUCACUUCAGUGGGGUGUGGUCACAAUAAAUCUUGCCUCAGAGACCCAGUGAGCUGUCAACCCGAGUCAGAUCCAUACUGUUUCUUCCUGUCAUUCACUACUGAUGGAUUGGGCAGGAGUGUGAUGUUUGAACUCAGUGGGCCUGCUGAAGGCUAUGUGUCCUUUGCUCUGUCUCUAGACCAAUGGAUGGGGAAUGAUGAUGUCUAUCUUUGUGUGAAAAAUGGAGAUGGAGUUAGCAUCAAUGCUGCAUAUGUCUCUGGACGAACACCACCUGAACUGGCAACAGAGGAGACUCUGUGGGGUAGGGCCUGGAGGCUGGCUGAUGGGGUCAUCCAGUGCCGUUUCCAUAGAAACAGCUUCCAACCUCACAGGUUCAACUUCAACCAGAGCUACUUUCUGUUUCUUGCACAUGGUAGCUCUCACCAAGGUGUAAUCCACAGACACGAUCGGCAACCACUUAUCUCCAGCAGUCAGAAAGUGAUUGCUGGACAUCCGGAGGAUCUCUGUGGUUCCCGGUCUCCUCUGCUUAUCAAGUUCCAUGGUGUGCUGAUGCUGACUGCUUGGAUGUGGACAACGAGCACAGCCAUCUUCAUCGCUCGCCACUACAAACAGUUGUGGCCUGACACAACUCUGCUGGGACAACGGCUCUGGUUUCAGCUCCAUCGAACCAUGAUGGUCUUGGCAGCUGUCAUAACUGUUUUGGCUUUCACGCUGCCUUUUAUAUACAUGAGGGGAUGGAGCAACCGUUCAGGCUCUCACCCUUACAUAGGCUGUGCUGUCAUGGCUCUGUCGGUCAUCCAGCCAAUUAUGGCAAUUCUUAGACCAGCUCCAGAGUCCCCCAGAAGAAUCAUCUUCAAGUGGAUCCACUUUGGAGGAGGCACUGUUGCGCAAAUACUUGCUGCAGUGUGUGUGUUUCAGGGUCCGAGUCAGCAGGCACUGCUGUUGCCCAGCCCCUGGUCUCCUGCAGUGCUCACUGGAUGGAUGCUGUGGAUCGUGCUGGCAGACCUGCUGCUACUAAUCCAUUCCUGCAAGUUCAGAGAUAGGGGUACUACAGGAAACAACGAGGACAAAGAAAGCAUUUUGUUUGCUCAGUUAGAGAAGCAGCAGCAUGGAGAGAUUUCCAAAGUCAAGAAAAUGAUGCUACUGGUGUUUCUGACAGGAAAUACAGGGUUCCUGGCUGCAUUUAUAAAUGCCAUUGCAAGUUCAUAGUUCACAAGUUCAGUUAUCACCAGUGAUAGAAUGUCCUUGUAUUGUAUAUACAGUGUCUAUUUCUGUUAUUAAGGAAUAGGUUUUCCACAGUUUAAUUGCUAUAUUAUUUUGGUGCAAAUUGUUAAUUUCACUAUUAAAUGAAGGAAUCUCUGUGUAGCCCCUCUAAGACACACACUUCUUUCUAUUAAUCUGUCAGCAUUUUAAAAAAAAUCUUUUUAUCUUUAAAGCAAAUUUACCCACAGGUAUAAAUAAAGCAGCCUUGAACCUUGAGCGUCUGAAUGUGUCCCUGGCCACUUUUCCAUGAAAGUCCCAAUGAGAAUUGUUACGUCCCGACAGAGAAUUGUUACGUCCCGACAGCUAGGGGAUGAGGGAAGCAACACGUACGACAACAAAGAGGCAGGAAAUCUGUUGGUGAGACGUCAACCGAUAAGACGUUUAUUUUUUUGUCCAGCAAGACAAAUCCAACACAGCACUCCAAAUGAUCCAACACGGGUCCCUUAGACCCGUGCAAGACAACACCACACCACACUCUGGCAGCUGAUCUGGCCCACUGGCCAUGACGUUCAGGCCGACUCAUCUUUUAACCAUCCCUGCCGAUUGGUAACGAGCCACAGGUGCACCUGGCCACUCCCACUGAGCAUACCUGGGGACAGGGAAAAGAGGGGAAAAAAAAACACAACCUACCUUAUCUACUCAACACAGAAUGUAACAAGAAUCUUACUAUGUCAUACCUAGUAACAUGACUGUAUCACCUUAAACACCACACAAGUAUGAACUGCAUGCAGACUAAUGCAAGACACAAUUUGCAGCCAGAUUCUGCUAAAACCAUUCUUUUUCACUUUUCCCUACAAUUUCACAUCUCUUACAAAUUUAUAAUGUCCAAAAAAAUAUAAUUUAACUAUGAUUCGGUUUGUAACAGGUUGGAUUAUUGAGACUAAUCAAUAAUGAAUAAGGUUCUGACAAAACAUUAACAGGAACUAAGUUCAGUUUGUCGUUUUCAGGUGUUUGCACAAGUCUUUCUUUUGAGUUCAUUACCAGUCAAAAGUUUUAGAACACCCCAGGUUUUUACAGUUUUUUUAUUGGAAAUAAUGCAUGUUAAUGUCUCAUUGUACUGUAAAUUAAAGCAUAGAACAAAUAAACAAAUGAAGUAAAAAAAAAAAAAAAAAAAAACAAUUUAGAAACCAAAAUGUAUUCUAAACAUUUGACUCAUCAAAGUAGCCACUUUUGGCAGAUAUAACGGCUGAAUAUACUUCUUUAAACAAUGGAAAUCAAAUAUUCUUCAGAAAUUUCUUCCCAUCUCUGCAGCAGAAGUUCCCAUAAAUGUGUGGCACUUUUAGGUUGCUUUGCUUUCACUCUUCUGUCCAGUUCAUCCAAACCAGCUCCAUGGGUUUAAGUCUGGAGACUGUGCUGGACACUCCAUGUUUUCAAGGUCACCAUCUGGUUCUUUUUUCCUAAUGCAGUUCUGGCAUAGCUUGGACUGAUGUUUUGGGUCAUUAUCUUGCUGCAGGAUGAACCCCUGACCAACUAGGAACAUACCAGAGGGUUCUGCAUGGAGCUGCAGAAUGCUGUGGUAGAUGUUUAGGUUCAGACCACCUCUCACUCUGUACAAGUCACUGACCUUGGAUCCAGCAAAACAACCCCAGACCAUCACACUUCCUUCUCCAUGUUUGACAGUUGAUGUUCCACACUGAGGAACCAUCCUUUCUCCUACUGGACAGCAUACAAAAAUCCUGCUGAUGAACCAGAGAUUGCAAAUUUUGAUUCAUCAGUCCAUAAUAACUUCUUCCAGUUUUCAGUAGUCCAUUGGUGGUGAUUCAUGGUCCAGACAACCAGUUCUUCUCAGACUUGCUUACUACGACCACUAUGAAGCUGUGCUUGAGGCUGUUGUCCUGUGAGCUCCUAUCACCAAACUGUUGACUCUCAUAAACUUGUCUUCUGAUUCUGUUGUGGCUUUGGGUCUUCCAAACCUCUUCCUGUCAGAGUUUCCUCCAGUUUCUGAGCCUUUUAAAGGUGAAGAAAACUGGACACACUGACACCUUGACUUUCUUUGCAAUUUCUCUGUAGGAAAGACCUAUAUUUUAAAGUGUUAUGAUGGUCUGUCUCUCUUCUAUUGUUAAUUAACUUUUCAUCACCAUUUUUAUAGCAACACACUACUUUUUGCAGUACAAUACUGAUCAAAUAAUGCUCUGGAGGGUUUGGUGCCACAGUGUGUUCCAACACUACUUUAAUGCAGACAGAGGGGUUGGAAGUAAUCAAGGAAAGUUGGGACACCUGUAGGAUUUGGUAGCACCAACUUUCAAGGCUUGAUCAACCUUCACUGAUGCAGAACAGUAUUAUGUUGUUAACCCAUUUCUUCUUCCUUGAAAAAGGCCUUUUUAAAAAAAAUAAUUCUGAAAUGUCCAUUAUUUUUCAGUUUUGGGUAACCUGACCUUUUAAUUAACCUCUGGCAGUUCACCACUUACCUUUGUACCAUUUUACUGGACUUGAACUACUUGAAUUUCAAUAAAAAACUGGAAAAAUGGA